AUGGAGUUCUACACGCAAGAAUUGUCUGUGCUCAAUCCUCAGCCGAUAGACCCGCCCACGGUCCAAGAGCAAGAGGCACAGUUCAUCGCCAACAACAGGUAUCUCAAGAACGAGCCUAUGAUCAGCUAUGUUGGAAUCCCAGGUCUCAACCACCGCGGACCCGAUAUCCAGGAAAGACUUCGACUAGCAUUUGCAUCAGGACUUCCUACAGAAGUGAAGUGGGCACUCAGUACGUGUUUGCAGUUGAGUAACUCAACCCCUUACGCUGUGAUGCUACGUUCGAACCCUUGGUUGCUGGAAGAGUUGCUAAAACAUCUUAACUGCUCCGUCUUUUCAGAGUCAAAGGGAGAGCCUUUGAAUGAUGACAUCGGGCUGUCGCUGGACGCAGCCAUUGUGCUGAGAAAUAUGUCUCAAGACACCGAGAACGCGUCGAUAUUGUCUAUGAGCUUUACUCUGCGCGAAAUUCUGGUCAACAUUCUCAACAACAAGUGUCUGAUCAAUGAACCGGUUAUAACUGAUUUGUUCGAGGUGUCUAAGGAGAUUUUGAGGUACGCCGUUGACAUAGUGGAAUCGAUUUCGUCAUAUCUGGCUCCUGCCCAGAAGGACGACUACAUGUUCCUAUCGUUGAUGAAGAUCUUGAUCACCACCAAAGACCGCUCUUUGAUCGUGUCAAUCCUCAGAUCUUUAUCGCGACUGAUGGUGCGGUCCAAUCUGUCACAGCCAUAUGCUGCUGACAAUAUUUCACAGCUGCUCCUGGACCAGGUGUCUUCAUACAUGCUUCUUCCAGCAUCCGCGGGAAACGACGAACUGAUUCUUGCCUCGGUCGAUUUCUUAUACCAGUACUGUUUACCAGGUGAUAUACGUGUUCCUAACCUUUUGAAAUCGUUCAAACGGUCAAUGGUUUUGAAAGCUGUGUUGCCUAGACUACUGACCCACGGUCUUGAGUUCUCCACCGAGUUCUCUAACGGUGUCCAAGCAUUGAAACUGGUCAAACGUCUCAAACCUCCCGUGCCAACCUCACCACCACCUCUCACAGACUCGUUGCUGGCGGAAAUUGAUGCUCUCAAGGAGCCAGAUAGGGCUACUGCUUGGAUGAGGUGCUGCUACCAGGCCGCCUCUGAGAGCGAGGUCACUCAGAUUUCGUUAUGGAGAUCCUAUGAGGCUCAGUUCCACGAAGACGCAAAACGCAGACUACCAGCUGUUGAUUUCAUCAAGAACGUGUCGAACGCGUUCCCCAAUUCGUCGGCGAUGGUCAUAAAUCUUGAUGAUGGUGGCCGCAAGUUUAUUAUCAAGGGCAUCCAGCCUCGCCAUUGGUCUGUGAAUGUGUCAAUGGGUAGAUUCGAGGCCCUUUCGCGUCAACCGUUGAUCACUUCUGUGUCCGAAGACGGAAAGGUGACGGGCAGUGCGAUGCAAGAAGCCAUCAAUGUGUAUAAUUACGCUCAGAACUCCACUGUCGCUCUUAGGGAGAUCAACACGAGUUCAUGCCUGUUGCUCAAUUGUCUAGUGGGGACUAAACUUGGCCACGAGUUGUUUCGUGGAACGCUUGAUGACCUCCUAGGAAAGGUGAUGCAGGUGCCAGCCCUUGUUCCUCACAUUUAUGACACUUUGAACGCAUUAGAUUAUUGA